ACCUGUAACAACUUUGUGACUGUAGCACAAACUGUUGGCUUGGAUCACAACAGCUAUGAAGAUCUUCCUGAUUUUUGCGGUGACGGUGGCCAUGGCAAAUGGUUGCGGCCAGCCAAUGAUCGCACCUAGGACUGCCGGAACGUCACGUAUCGUCGGGGGAGAGAAUGCAAGACAGAACAGCUGGCCGUGGCAGGUAUCUCUGCAAACGCCUGAUGGUUCUCACUACUGUGGAGGAACGCUGAUAGGACGACAGUGGGUGCUGACUGCAGCACACUGUAACCAAGGAGACUUCUUCCUGACAGACAAGAUCGUUGCAGGAGCGCAUGGGCUGUCUGAUACCACUGACUCUGUCCAGGUGUCCAAUAUUGCAGCCUGGUUCCCUCAUCCGGACUACAACCCACAAACUAAUGAGAAUGACAUCAUGCUGCUAAAGUUAGCCAACCGGGUGCACCUCAGCAGGACCGUGGACAGAGCCUGUGUGCCGCCGGCCGGGACUGACUACCCGGACGGGACGAUGUGCUGGAGCACCGGCUGGGGGUACACGGCAGUGAACGCGUACAGUACCGGACCUAUUGCUGAUGAGCUACAGCAGGCAGACCUCCCGUUGCUAAGCGACAGUGAGUGCAGCUCCCAUUUUCGAGAUCACUACAAACCUGAGAACAUGAUCUGUGCUGGGGGUGAGGGCCCAGGCGAGGAUGGGGUAUGCUUGGGUGAUACUGGCGGCCCUCUUGUCUGUGAGAUAGACGGGUUGUACCAUGUGGUGGGGGUGUCCAGCUUCGUUACCAACGCUUGCAGCACCAGCACCCCGUCAGUCUUUGCGCGUGUCAGCGCCUUCAGCCGUUGGAUUGACCGCAUCAGGAGGAACCACCACUGAUCUGAUUGAUCGCAUACAGCGACGAAAGAAGACCACUCUUUGACUUUGUAAUCGGUUGCUAUAGAAACCAGAAUCAAUAAAG